GUGUUCUUGACUGUGUCGACGUGUUCUCUUUGUUUUUCGGACGAGCGGCUGUAGCGUAAAUGUGGUGUCGCUCCGCAACUUGACGCUAAACUCGUAGUACCGUGCGUCAUCUGCGGAACCAACACAAUAAACGUGUGGUUGACGAUGUCGUGUGUUCAAAGUGUCAAAUGACCCCGUUUUACUCUUCGUGAACCCAUUAACUAACACAACGUGGAGCCGAGCUCAAUGCUACAUGUAGCUAGCCUCAGUUAACAUGUCAUGUGUUUUUCAAACAUCACGAAUGUGGAGAUCAGACUUUGUCCUCGUGCUGUGAUGAAGCUGUGGAUCCGGGCCAUUGAGUGACCUCCUCCUCUUCUUCUUCUUUUUCUUUUUUUAGCUCUCCGGUGUGAUCCGGGCGCAAAACCCUCCACGAUGGAGAACUCCACCGAAGACUACAGGAUCCAGUCGUUUGACCUGGACACGCAGGUGUUGCUGAAAACAGCCUUGAAAGAUCCAAGUGCGGUGAACCUGGAGAAGGUUUCCAGCAUCAUCGUGGACCACUCUCUGAAGGACCAGGUGUUCAGCAAAGAGGCCGGACGCAUCUGCUACACCAUCGUGCAGGCCGAGGUCAAGCAGAGCAACGGAAACGUGUUCCGGAGGAGCCUGCUGAACCGACUCCAGCAGGAGUUCAAGGGCCGUGAGGAGACCAGGGGCCGCUCGCUGCAGGAGUGGGUGUGCCUGGUCACGUUCAUCUGCAACAUCUUUGACUACCUCAAAGUGAACAACAUGCCGAUGGCGGCCCUGGUCCAUCCUGUGUACGACUGUCUGAUGAGGCUGGCCCAACCUGAUGCUCUAAUGAAUGAGGAAGAGGUCGACUGCCUGGUGCUGCAGCUGCAUCGCAUCGGAGAGCAGCUGGAGAAGGUGAACGGCCAGCGGAUGGACGAGCUGUUCUUCCUGGUGCGGGACGGCUUCCUUCUCCAGGAGGGGCUCACCUCCAUGGCCCGCCUGCUGCUGCUGGAGAUGCUGGAGUUCAGGGCCGGGGGUUGGCUGCUCAGCAAGACCGCCCACACGUACUACUACAGUGAAAUCGCCGACUAGGAACGGUUGCGAGGGUGAGGGGUUCCCGAGCGGCUUCCUUUCAGCGGCUGUCAGGUAACCUCAGAGCACCUUGGAUUCCACCUUAAUCGACGCUUGAUCGUGAAAAACCAGCAGUCUCGUGACCGACGGGGACAUCUGCCAUGUCAAUCGGUGCGGGGUCGGUGAAGACGGCGGCUCGUGAAGUGUAAAGAGACUUUGAUUUUAUGGAUUGUUCCCUGCGUUUGAUAAUUCUUACUGAGAUGUGCCGUGGAUGUGGAGCGUGCAAUAGUUCGAGGAGCUGAAGAUCAGUCAACGAGGUUUAGCCACAUUCAGGUUCACUUUGUUCAAAACAAGUUUGUUUAAAAACAUUUAACGUGGCUAGAGAAGCUGAAGAUAUUUUUUAUGGUUUUUUAAAAUAUUUUUUUUAUUUUAUUUUUCUGGCAUUCCGGUUUUCAACUAAUUUUUACCUUACGUAGUUGGAAAUGACAUUCCAGUCAGAUUCAAGCUGAUUUGGUCUUUUGCUUUACUUUUUAUUGUUGUGUGACCAAUGUUUUAAAUAACUGAAAAGACAUUUUAAUUAUUUAGUCAAAUAUUUUAUAGUGAAGAAUUGAAUUUGACAAGAGGUUUGAAUUGCAGUUCAAAGGGCACCUUCAGCCUAACUUGUCCUGUAGGAUUUCUGUUACAGUUUCUCUGCCGCUCGGAUGAAACGUGUCUUUAUUCAGGGAUUUUCUUUAAUUCCAUUUUUUUUCGUACAACCCAACUUGUAAAUAAAAGACCAAGAGAAUGGUUCCAUUUUACAUUUGAACAAGAAAACUGGGGCCUGGGCAUUGGAUUGAUUUCUGGAUUAACAGGAUUUGUUCGUUGAACAAGUGGUGCCAAUGUAACAUGCACAGGAUCCUCCAAUACAGAACCUAAAGCUCAUAAUUUGUGGUCAAGGUGCUAGAGGAGCAGCUAUGUUCCUCCCUUCACAUACACACAGACCACGGGUAUAAAACUAAAACUAAACUAAAAAAAUGACGUUUGAAUUCAGCUUCCACCAGCAUCUGUGAAGAUAUGUGGCCAAACUUGAGUAUGACGUUGGAGUUUGCUGUUGCGUUGGUUUAUUGUUCUCAGUGACCAAAGCUGUGCCUUGGAAAUCAGACACACACGCAAGGGACGAAUAAAAUGUUACACCUCUUUUAAAAGAUUAUUUUGAAAAUCUGCAAUACAUAAAAACGUAAAUGUCAAAUUUACUUUCACAGCAGUCAGACUAUCAGUCAAACAUGAUGGAUUCCCGGAAAGAUUCCUCAAUGUUAAAAAAAAAAAAUAAUAGCCUCAAUCAAAAGCUCUUAAAAAUAUGACAAACAUUGCUCAUGGAGACUAUGGUCACGAUUUAGGAAAUGUUAACUUUCCCCAAAUUUCUUUUCUCUCUAGUACAGAGUUCAACUGAAUUAUAAAUCAAAUUUGGUGUUUGUCACCACAUUCGGAUUUGAUUAAAGUAGAAAAUGCUGUAGACAAUUAAAGUCCCUGUGUGACAGGGCGCAGACCCGACUGCAACAUACAGUAUGUUUCUAUAUUUUUAUUACAGCGUUGCAGCUCACUUCCAUUUUUUUUUUUUUUACGGUUGAGAUGUACAUGUAAUGCAGAUUUAUUUGUUCUAAUAAAUCUCUGGAAGUUUUUCCUCAGUUCA